AAAACGAUUGAAUAUGUACCUACGCGAACCUACGGGCCGAUAGUGUCGUACGAUAAUUGAAUCCAGUUUAUCGAAUGCUCAAUCAAUCUCGUGACCUGAUUAGGAGUCAACCUUGACGACGACAACAGGAUACCUGAAACAAUUUUGAAGUAGGCCGGCAAUGGAGAAUUAUAAUGCACAGGAAGUAUCACCAGAGGCAGUCCCUGCUGAAAGCAGCACCCGGAUCAGAAGCAGCAAGUUAAAGCGAGCCUUUUCUAUGCCGCGAAAUCCGUUUCAAGGUUCGCGAAGCUCGACCCCGAAAGUGAGCAAUAGGUUGGGUGGUGGCUAUAGCAACGAUAGUGAAGCUGCUGCGUCCAAGACUAGCAAUGGUGACGGGGAUGGAAGUAAUAACAGCAAAAACGUGACGAGUGAUGUGUCGUCGGCCACUGAUACGUCGAGGUUGUACUCAUCAGCAUCGUCUGGUCAGCAUGACGGCGCCCACAAAGCUUCCAGCAACAGUAACAACAAAUUAAAAACUACGUCUGUAGUAGAUGAAAUGGCUGGUCCACGAGAUGGCGAAGGAGAAGGAGUGGCAGGGCACAGUGACAAAAAAAUUUUUCGCCGAUUAUCAGUGAAAAAGUUUAUCAAUCGCAUUGCACAACAAAUGACAUAUGUCAACCGUACGGUGAACAACCACAAAUUCGACAGGGUGCAAUCAUCACAAAAAGCCACCCUAAAUGGAAGCGUUGCUCGGGCUGGAGGUAACGGAGCAGAAAGUGCCUUUGUGUGGCCCCCAGACACCGUGCCGGGUGUGAUUGGACUCAGAAAUCAUGGAAAUACUUGCUUUAUGAAUGCCGUUCUACAAUGCCUCAGCCAUACGGACAUUCUGGCACAGUAUUUCGUUUUGGAUCUGUACAAAGCUGAUUUGAAGCGUCGCAACAAAAUUAAUGCCAAAAAGUUCGGUACCAAAGGAGAACUAACAGAACAGCUUGCGCUGGUGCUAAAAUCACUAUGGACGUGCAAAGAUGCUCCAGACUAUAGUUCGAACUUUAAGGCUGUGGUGGAUAGGUAUGGCAGUCAAUUCAGAAGUUCUACACAGCAUGAUGCACAAGAGUUUCUCUUUUGGUUGCUGGAUAAAGUUCAUGAGGAUUUGAAUACGGCAACGAAGCGAAAGUAUAAAACAAUAAAGAACAAUGGACGUUCGGAUGAGGUGAUAGCAGCUGAAACACUUGCCAAUUAUGUUCGAUGCAACAAUUCGUUUGUGCAGGCCGUCUUCCAGGCCCAAUUUCGCUCGUCUUUAUCCUGCCCUACUUGUGGCAAACAGAGCAAUACGUUCGAUCCUUUUUACUGUUUGUCGGUACCACUGCCGCAGCUGUCCCAACAACCAGUACUGGUAAAAGUUAUUUACGCCUCGCAACAACCGAAACAGGUGAAGCUUGGCCUAGGUAUUCCGCAUGGUUCACCCGUUUUAGCUUUGCGGGAGCAACUUCACGCUGAUACCGGGAUUGGGCUCGAUCGUAUGAUUCUGACAGAGAUUUGCGAGACGGGUUUUAAUCGCGUGCUUUGCGACUCACAUCUCAUGUCAUCCGUUCAUGAAAACGAUCCUUUAUACUGUAUAGAGUGUCCGGCUGGGCUGUCAGCGGGACAGCAGGAUGCAUCGAGUGGAACGAAAAUUUUGCUGCUUCUUUGUAAUGGCAAACGUGUCGCGACCGGUUCGAACGACAACGGCUGCGUGAAACGCUUCGGUACGCCUUUCUGUUUGAUUGUAAACCGAGAUAUUUCCUACAGUGAACUACAGAAGCUAUUACUUAAAGAGAUGUCCAGUAUACUACGAUCGGACGUGUUCACGUUUGCUACGCCGGCACAAAACUUGUUUCGUAUGCGCCUGCAGGAUCCCUCCUGCGAUGUCGAUACGUGGUUGGAGACAACAGUCGAGCAUCCAUUAUUUACGGAGAUGAUUGACUUAGCUCUAUCGGUGCUACCAUCCGAUGCUGGACCUGCUCACGUAAAACUUCUUAUCGAGUGGACGGAACCGGAGCGGUUCUUUAGUGAUAUGAGCGAUGCAUUCGUGGAGCAUGAGAGUGUUUGCCAGAUGAAGGAGAAAAUACCAGCAAGUUCUACUCUUACGUUGGAGCAGUGCUUCGAACACUACACCAAGGCAGAAACGCUUGGACAAGACAAUGCCUGGAAGUGUCCACAUUGCCAGGAAUAUCUUCCCGUGGUGAAGACGCUCGGGCUCUGGUCUUUACCGGAUAUUAUGGUGAUACAUUUGAAACGUUUCCGACAGCAACAGCUACGAUCCAGCACUCAAGCGGCAAAGCUGACAAAUCUUGUAAAAUUUCCGCUCUGUGGCUUUGACAUGACGCCGCAUCUGGUGCGCGAUCUUUCGCUCCAAAAGACACCUGGUCCGCAAGCAAAUGCAGCUCUGAAUCAAAACCAGCAUCGAGGAUAUUCCGAUUCAGACAGCUGGAGUCCUUGGCGCAAGAUAAAGCGUAGUGGGCAUUCCAUACAGUCACAUUCCACCGGUGCAAAUGCUGCAAACGGACGUCGGCAGUUUGCCAUGGACAACCGGUACGAUCUUUAUGCAGUUUGCUACCACCAGGGCGAUACACUGGAAACGGGUCACUAUACGGCCGCUUGUAAAAAUCCAUACGAUGGGCAAUGGUAUCGCUUCGACGAUCAGCGUGUGGCGCACGUGCCGAAUGACAGCAUCGAUGAGGAAAUCAUUAACAACGAGGCUUACCUACUGUUUUACCAAAGAAGGAAACUUCCGACUAACACCGGUGAGGGGGCAACAGGCGAAUGCUCGGGAAGCUCUAGUUCCAGCUCGGGUGAUCAUUGGGUAUCGAAAAUAAUUGUCCCACCUCCAGUCAACAGCCAUGCUGCUACUGCUGUGUCUGCAACAAUAGAGCGGAGCAUAAAAUCAACACUGAGCAAUUCCACUGCAGCCUCCUCAUCAUCAACCACAACUACAGCCAGUAUUCCUGAAACAGAAAACAAGUCUCCUGCAGCUUCAAUAGUGGGAGAGUCUAAUAAGAACACAUUGGUUGACACAAAAUCGACUGCUGAUAGCGAUCCUCCAGUUUUGGGAUCUGCUGAUAAACCACUUCUUGAAACACUUGUUGAAGUCCAAAACGGACUACACCAGGUCAACAAUUCGUGUACGGUUGUAAAAAAACAGUAUUAUUCCCAAGACGGCAAUCGAUCGUCAAUCGAAAAACGACCAAUUCUUGAAGUGAAAAAACCAAUAUUAGACACAUACGAAAACCCCGAUUCAAUAUCACCUAACUUGUGCAUACAUUUACCGGCUUCGUUGUCGUCAGCUGUGACAAUCGCACUUGACGAUGAUAAUGCCAAAGAGGCCAAGGAGUCAUUGGCAGCUGAAGAGAUGGUUAUUGAAAAGCUACCACUCCAACAAUUUGAUACAACUACCACACAUUAUUCUGGAUCAACCAGCACUUCCGGCACCGAUUCAAGAAUAUUAGAAGUAAACGAUUUGGUAUCUAAGGAACCAUUUUCUGUACGUCUAGAAAAGCUAGAUCGUAUGGUUGACCAUAAACUAGGAGGAAACAUUAGUUCAGUGGUCCACAGCACCGGUGGACGCUUUUCAUUGCCAUCUUCUCAACAGUAUCAAGACAUCCUAUGGCGUGAGAAUGUGUCUGAGCUAAUUCAUCAUAGACCCUCGUCAUUUGCAACAUACAAAAAUGUAAUCGAUGCCAACGAUGCUGUAUCGUUAAUUCGAGGUGCAAAUACAUGCAGUAAGGAUACUCUUCUGUUCAUCGAUCAACAAGGGCACGGUCUCGAUCGAGUUAUGCUUGAUGACGGGGACGAUGAUCCGGAUGAACUUCUCCCUGGAAGUGGAAGUCGUACAUUAUGGAUUUCACCGGUAACUCCUCACAAGUUGAUAACAGUGUCACCGAAAAAUUAAUGCAUGCAGUGGAAACCAUACACCAAAAGCGGAGGCAAACAUCACGUGCGCAAACCACUGUCAAUAAUAGGAGCAUUCUGUAGGGCUUAGAUCGUUAUAAUGUUGCAUCAAUAAUGAUGAAGAUUUUAAAAAUUAACUUUAAUGUGUUUUGUAAUAUUUUGCUUUUUCUCAUGUUAUUUUAGUGUGUAUUACUUUCGUUUCGAUAUCAUUUCCUACCUUAUCGCAUUAUUAUCAUAUUUAACCGAACAGUUUGUAUGCAAUAUAAUUGCUAAAAUUAUCUUCAAAUCGACCCGAAGUUUGGAUGCAUAUGGUCGCAUACCUUAUUCCUGUAAAUACUGGAACUUGCUUAUCUUUGAGAAUCUAUCUAUAUUCUUUUUUAUAAUUCUGUGAGAAUCUUUGAAUGAGUGGUCAAUUAAAUGAAAAAAGGAUCAUUUGUGCGCAAAUGGACGUUGUAGUGUGAGAAAUUAUGGUGGAUAGAUGAGGUAGUGAUAUUGCAAAGUAAUGAAACAAAGUAGGGCCUAAAACGAAGCAGGAAGAGAACGGCUGUAGUUAGAUUUAUACGCAUGCUACUACGUUACUAAGCUAAUAUUAAAAGCCAUUAAAUUUUACCAGGCCCGUCACUUUCAGGCGCUUUGAAAGCGAUCUCGCUAGUGAUGGAUAUAAUAUGCAUAAAGAAAUAUUUAAAAACAUACAUCUAUGGAGUCGGAAAGAAAAAAUCAGGAAAACAAAUGCACUUCAAACAAACCAUUCCAAAUUCGAAUACAAGCAAGCCGUGCUGUUUCCUUCCCAGGCAGAUUUAUGCUGCGAUUUUGAACGUUCGUUAGCCAGUUCUUCCAGUCAGUCAGACCGGAUUCAUUCAAAUUACUGUGCAAUAUAAAGCGAAUGUGCGAAUAGUUACAAAUCAUAGCAUAGCAUCUAUGAAUGAAGUGAGACAAGUACAAUUUAAUGUUAGUUAUAAUAAAUUCAGGGUAGAAAAAUGAAGGGAGCGAAGUUGCAAAAUGUGAGAAGUCACCUCUCCAAACUUUUAAAUUAUUGAAUGAAUAUAAAAGAGGUCGAACU